AGCCGGGAGGAGCGAGCCUAGCGGACGCCGCCACCUGAUCCCAUCCAGGCGCUGAGAGGCAAGCCACCGGCACUCGGCGCGCAGAGCCCCGGGCACCCUCGGACCCCGUGCGGAUUUCGAGACAAGGGUCCAGAGAUAGCGGCGGCCGCCCCCAACCCGGGCGAGAGGCAAAGCCCAGGCGCGCGGUGCUUCUCAGGAACACUGGCCCUGCUACCAGAGCCGCAGGAUCCCCCAUGAGUGCCUGUGAAGGGAGUCCUGGAUAGUGAGGCCCUGGCUGGUCCAGGGGUAGGUACUCCGCCAUGCCACCCAUCCUCCAGCGCCUGCAGCAGGCCACCAAGAUGAUGAGCCGCCGGAAAAUCCUGCUGCUGGUGCUAGGGUGCAGCACCGUAAGCCUUCUCAUCCACCAGGGAGCGCAGCAAAGCUGGUACCCCAAGCUGUUCCCCCUGAGCUGCCCUCCUCUGCGGAACUCACCGCCACGCCCCAAGCACAUGACCGUGGCCUUCCUGAAGACUCACAAGACGGCAGGCACGACGGUGCAGAACAUCCUGUUCCGCUUCGCCGAGCGCCACAACCUGACGGUGGCCCUGCCGCACCCGAGCUGCGAGCACCAGUUCUGCUACCCACGCAACUUCUCGGCGCACUUCGUGCACCCGGCCACGCGGCCGCCGCACGUGCUGGCCAGCCACCUGCGCUUCGACCGUGCGGAGCUGGAGCGCCUCAUGCCGCCCGGCACCGUCUAUGUCACCAUCUUGCGCGAGCCGGCCGCCAUGUUCGAGUCGCUCUUCAGCUACUACAACCAGUACUGCCCGGCCUUCCGGCGCGUGCCCAACGCCUCCCUCGAGGCCUUCCUGCGCGCGCCCGAGGCCUACUACCGCGCCGGCGAGCACUUCGCCAUGUUCGCACACAACACGCUGGCCUACGACCUGGGCGGAGACAAUGAGCGUAGCCCGCGCGACGACGCCGCCUACCUGGCGGGCCUCAUCCGCCAGGUGGAGGAGGUUUUCUCGCUCGUCAUGAUCGCCGAGUACUUCGACGAGUCGCUAGUGCUGCUGCGGCGCCUGCUGGCCUGGGACCUGGACGACGUGCUCUACGCCAAGCUCAACGCGCGCGCCGCCAGCUCGCGUCUGGGUGCCAUCCCCGCGGCAAUGGCGCGGGCGGCGCGCACCUGGAACGCCCUGGACGCCGGCCUCUACGACCACUUCAAUGCCACCUUCUGGCGCCGCGUAGCGCGCGCGGGCCGCGCGUGCGUGGAGCGCGAGGCGCGCGAGCUGCGCGAGGCCCGCCAGCGCCUAUUGCGGCGCUGCUUUGGGGACGAGCCAGUGCUGCGGCCUGCCGCGCAGAUCCGCACCAAGCAGCUGCAGCCGUGGCAGCCCAGCCGCAAGGUGGACAUUAUGGGCUACGACCUGCCCGGCGGCGGCGCCGGCCCGGCCACCGAGGCCUGCCUCAAGCUGGCCAUGCCCGAGGUCCAGUACUCGAACUACCUGCUGCGCAAGCAGAAGCGCCGGGGCGGUGCGCGCGCUCGGCCCGAGCCCGUCCUGGACAAUCCCCCGCCUCGGCCCAUCCGAGUGCUGCCUCGCGGCCCUCAAGGUCCCUGAGCUCUGCAGGCCUCCAGGAGUAUGGGUCCUGCCCUGCCCUCCCAGGAGUCCAGCCAGGGGCUGCCUCCAUGUCCCGCCCCAUGAGAGCCCUUUCUUUUCAAGGGGCUUGAGUCCCUCGCUGAACUUUGGGGUACGCCUCCCUACCUGAGCCCCCGCUCCCGAUCGUGGGCUGAACCCCGCCUUCGGGCACGGCGCUGAUAGGCUGGAUCCAGCGCUGGGCCACCCUCUCCUUCCCAGCUGGUUGGUGAUUUUGACGAGAGGCCUGAGGGCUGUCCAGAACUGCUCACCCUGCCUUUUUCUGGGGGCUGAGUCCCCCCAACCUGUCUUUUCCAAGUGGAUAAGCCCAGGCCCCGCGGAGAGAGGCUGAGCCCUAGGGAAAGGCUGCUGCUCUUGCUCUCCCUCCCAGGGCUUGAGGCUCCCUAUGCUUUUCUGUCUUCCAGGUUCUACCCUCCCCACAGACCUAAGCUGCCCCCAGUAUUUCAGAACCAAGAGUUCUUGGGUUGGGAUUUUUGUUUGGUUGGUUUUUCUUUUUUUUAAUAAAACAUCUUUAAAAUGUG